UUAAACUGCCACGGCACCUCCUCGCCGCAGGGGGCGGUGUGGCGCCUUGGCGACGGCGGAAGAGCAGAGGUUAAAGUUCGCAGCUGGGCAUCUACAUUCGAAGCCUUUCACAACUCGAAAAGGGAAUAUGGGUGAAAAUGAAGAUUUCACCAAUUCGUUACAGGACAGUAAGGCUGCAUAUGUCCUCAGCAAUGUUGCCGAGGUGGUUGAACGAAUUCUGAUGUUCGUACCAACCAAAUCGCUUCUCCGUAUCGCAAGUGUGUGCAGGCUGUGGAGAAACUGUUCCCGCAGAGUGCUGAGGACUCAGCAGCAGCUGACGUGGGUGUCAGCCAGUGAACCGUCCAACACGGAGGUCCAUGCCCUCUGCAGCGUCCUGGCCGAGGAGGUGGAGAACGUAUUCCUACUGCCUAAAACUGUUGUGGUAAUGGUUGACUGCGAGGCCUUCCAUGGACAAGCUUAUCAAUACAGACAGAGUAAAGCCAAAAAGAGUCGCCACAGUCCAGACACAGUUGAAGAACUGAACCUGCUCUUCCCCAAAGGCUGCGACGUCGUGGGCAUUGCUACACCAGGCAUAGUCUUGACUCCCAGCGGCUCGUGCUCCAGCCCUCCUCAGGAGUACCAAGAAGGGGAGGCUGGUUUUGCAAUCAUGUUCCCCAAAAUGGAGGGUGUCCACAUGAAGCCCUUUCAUUUUUGCAAGAAGUCCAUCUCCCCAACAGCCUUGAAAGAAGCAGGACUAGUUGACAACCCAGAACUGAAAGUGGUACUAAUGUUUGUCUAUGAGGCAUAUAACCGUGGAGGAGACCGCUUCCUCAACCAGAUACUGGAGCCGCUAGCUAAAGGCAAAGCUCUGAUUUCUGGAGGACUGGUGGAAAGUGCCUUCUCUCCUCCCAGACACUGCUGUAGCCAGGGUGCGUACGGCGUGGUGGGCCUGACCCUCAGUGGCCCUAAGGUGCAGGGGGCAUCUGUGCUCUUGGACCAAGACAUCAGCAACCCAAAGGCGGCUGAAGCUACAGUCCGGCGCUUGAAGGCAGCCAAAAUUCCAGAGAGGAACACCCUGGGGUUCAUGUUUGCCUGUGUGGGGAGAGGCCAGAACUACUACAACAACCAGACCAAUGUAGAGGCCGACGCCUUUCACAAGGUGUUCCCCAACACCCCGCUCUUCGGCCUGUUUGGCAACGGAGAGAUCGGCUGCGACAGAAUCGUUAAAGAUGACUACACACUAUGUGACACUGACUCGGACACUCUGCAGCAUGAGUACACCACAGUCAUGACCCUGGUCCAUCUAGGCUGACUGGUUGAUCUGCAGUAACAACAGACACGCGGGAAAACAGAUGAGCCAUCACACUCCUGUUUGCUAUAGUUGUAGUAAUAGUAGUAGUAGUUGGGAACAAAAACAUUCUAUACAAAGUGUUACUCACAUUCUGAGCAUUACUGCCGCUGUUUCUGCUCAUAAAGCAGGGAAUGACCCCUUUAGCCAUCCAUGCAAUGGCAGCAUCAGCUUCAUAUUAAAACUAGUGGGUUUCACAAAUAGGACCUUCUAAAGACAAACCAAUCAUCUGUUAAUAUUAAAAUGUGUAAUACGUUUGUCAAAUAUCUGAAGUUUUAUUCCCCCCAGACUUUACACACAUUCCAUGCAGAUCUUGCCUUCUGACCUGGACUUUGCAGCCUGUUGGCAGCUGGGUACAUUGUGCACACUUGUAUGUGCCCCACACUGUCAUUAGUUGGUUCAGCAAAGGCACUUUCUCUACAUGUCAGUAUGAGGGGUGUGGUCCUUCUUCCACAAAAUCAAGGUGAUCCUGAUUUGAAUGUCCAUCUUCCACAUGUAGAUUUUUACAUUUUUAUCCUACCAACAGAAAAAUAAGGCCCUGUUAGCCUGCCUGCUAAAUGAUUAUACUUAUGCAGCGUAUUCAUCUGGCUUUCAGUUGGGCACAGGAAAUUCAGUCGGAGUCUAACUGUGCCUCUUGUUUGUGCCACAUGUCUGGUCUUAUCUCCUCCUACCUGCUUUCUGUGCUUAAUGGUCAUGCCACCAGAACGUCUGCACUGUGAAGGAAAAGUUCAUCCUUGAUCAGGUGAACAGGGCAGAACGCCUGCCCCGUUGACUGUGUGACACUGACUGCCAGUUUCACCUCAGUUAAGUCCCAACUCGUCAGAGGUUUCUGACUUUAAGGGCCAGUUGUUGCCGUUUGGAAAGCGAAGAACUGUCUAAGGUCAGAAGAAAAUGUGAAUUGUCUUUUACAGUUGUUAGAUAUUGAAGACCAAGUAUUUUCUAUUCUUGAUAGGAUGAGACUUCUUAGUUGCAUGUUUGAAAAAGCUGUCAAAAUUGUACAGAUGCCUUUAUACAAUAGACUAUUGGUCUCUGUACAAAUCCAUUGAAUGCUCCACACUAACUAGAGUUCUUUUAAGUGGCCCUGUCAGUGUCCUGCUUUUCCUUCACUAAGAAGAAUGUCCUGAUGACAUGAAGGUAUAAUUUUAAGUAUAGAUAUCUUGUUAGUUGGUCAGGUAGUUACUGUUAUGUUGAAAAUAGCUAAUAUUAAGUUCAACUUUGCUGGUUGUUGCAGAAAAGUUCUGAUAUUUUAUGUCUUGCCAAGAGAAUCUUCCUAAUGUCCUAAUGUACGCAUCUGUCCUUACAGGUUUUGAAGAGGACAUUAAAAUGUGUUUAUAGCUCAUUGAA